AUGGGCUAUUCUUAUGAAGCAAUCCGAGAGCGUGAUCUCCACAGGUAUUACCGCCCAUGGCUCGACGGCCAGAGCCUGCUAGAUGCCGACGGCUCUGGUAAGCCUCUGACUUACUCUGGCUAUCAGCCGCAGUCGUCGCGCGAUCGCUCUUUGACUGCCUUUGCGCAGCUGGCUACGCUCCGUCUUGACACGCGCCGGGCUAUGGUCUCCCUGAUCGAUUCGAGCCGACAGUACAUCCUCGCUGAAGCCACUCGCACCCUUUCGCUAUUCAAACCUGUCGCCGAAGCGCCCGAGGACGAGGUGUGGCUAGGCAACGCUAUACUGAACAAGGUAGACGCUGUCUGUUACCACACCUUCACAUCGACAUAUAUCGCAAAGGAAGAUAAUGGCGAUACCUUCGAGGCGGAAUGCAUGGUCAUUCCUGACUGCAGAUUGGAUCCUCGUUUCGCUGAGAGAGAUUAUGUUACGUCCGAGCCUGGUGUGAGGUUUUACGCAGGUGUUCCCAUUGUCACCAAGGCUGGAAACCGCAUUGGUGUAUAUGCUGUAUCUGAUGAAAGACCUCGUGCAGGCAUUACUGCUGCUGAGGUGCGCUUCAUGCAAGAUGUUGCAGCCGCCAUCAUGGAGCACCUGGAAUUGGCCAAAGACAGCAUGGACCGGAAUAAGGGGGAGCGCAUGGUACGAGGCUUGACCCAGUUCAUCGAGCGCUCGUCUGCCCAGGACAUGCGCGAGGACAGCAAUCGAUCCAGCACUAUGGAGAGGCAGACUGAAAACGCGCGCUUGGUGACGUUAGACGAGGAAGAGCCUGAAAGCAACUCUACGUCCACACAUGCCACAGCCGCCAGGCAAGCGCAGCGCAAGCGCGAUUCCGAGUCGGACGCAUCCCGCAUCUUUCACCGCGCAGCUCGCAUUAUACGGCAGAGUACGGAUGCUGAUGGUGUCGUCUUCUUCGAUACGUCUGCAGCCGGCAUAAGGACUCACCUCUACGAUUACAACCGAAACGCUGGGAGCAGCGACGAGAGUGCGACACACAACACCGAUACUGGCGACUCGACCACGUCGCGAAGAAUGAAAAAACAGAACCUUGUCAAUACACAUGGUUCAGCGGAUCCUAACAUCGUCGAUAGCAAACCGUGCCCUGUAGCCGGCCUUUCUUUGCGGGAAGGUAACGCGAGUUUGGUGCACUCUGAGUUCAGCUUCACCGAGGCUGCUAUGGAGCGAUACAUACACCGUUACCCUUACGGAAAGUUUUUCAAUUUCAAUGAAGACGGCAUCGGCGUCAAUUCAUCCGAUGAGAGAUCCGAGCGCUCCGAAACCGAGCAAUCGGACCGCACUGUGAACGCAUCUACAGCAGGUACAAAGAAGCCGCGAAAGAAGCGAGAACGAUUCGUUCCCACAGAGUUUUUGAAGGUCUUGCCGAAGGUUCGCAGUUUGAUUUUCUUGCCUUUGUGGGAUCCCAGUACGGAAAGAUGGAUUGCAGGAAGCUUCAUCUGGACAGCUCAAGCUGGAAGGCUGAUGAGUCCGGAUCACGAACUGCCGUACCUACAGGCCUUUGGGAAUUCAGUCACCAGUGAAGUAGCGCGCCUCAAUGCGCAAAAGGCUGAUCGUGCCAAGACAACAUUCAUUGCAUCCAUCUCACACGAGCUACGAUCGCCGCUCCAUGGUAUCCUCGGCUCGGUCGAGUUUCUACGUGAGACAGUGGCAUCUGCAUACCAAGAAUCUCUCGUAUCUUCGAUUGAAACAUGCGGAAAGACGCUACUGGAUACCAUUGACCAUGUGCUUGAUUACGCGAAGAUCAACAAAUUACAGAAAGGGAACGCUGUCCAAAGACAUCGAAGUCAGGGUCGAAACAAGAGACUCCCGGCCGACAAUUCCAUUCUUGGUGUUACUUCUGACGUCGACCUGGCUCAACUGGUGGAAGAAGUUUGCGACACAGUCUGCGCCGGCCACACGUUCAGAAAAACACACCACAUUCGUGGAUCUGCCAUCUACGACCAAGCUGAAAAUGCAGUUGCAAAAGGCUCUAAACAAAAUUCAAAUGUCGAUACCGAUGUAGAAGGCAGAGAUACACAUGGUUCUGUUGCUGUAUCGCUCAUCGUGGCCCCUUAUGUCAGCUGGAUUGUGCGCUCUCAGCCCGGUGCCCUCCGUCGAAUCGUGAUGAACCUGGUGGGCAACGCUUUGAAGUACACUGAUUCUGGUUUCAUUGCCAUAAAGAUGCUACAAAACGGUUCGACUACUAAUUUCAUGAACCUGAGUCUCAGCGUCGAAGACUCUGGAAGAGGAAUGUCACAAGAGUACCAACGGACGAAGCUAUUCUCGCCGUUUAGCCAGGAAGAUCCUUUCAGUUCCGGUACCGGGUUGGGUCUUUCAAUUGUAAAGCAAAUUGUUGAAUCCCUCAAGGGUGAGAUCGAAGUCAAAAGCACUCAAAAUUCCGGUACCACCAUCAAGAUUAACAUACGCCUGCCAAUCGGUUCCAAGGAGAAUGCACACCAGGACCAUGCGCUUCUGCGCGCUCCAGAAGAGUUGAAGGGCUUAUCGGCUAGUAUCGUUUGCGACAUGACCGAAACGGACGGUGUCCAACGUGGUCUGAGGACCAAACAGUCAAUGGAGAACGCUUGUAAGAACUUUGGUAUGGACAUUGUUGAGUCGAAAAACUCCGAUAGCAAUACCUCGCUGGUCGACGUCGACUUCCUACUUACCGACUCUCCAUCGCUCUUCCAACUGAUACACAAGGCAACAGCCAAUCGGUCUAAGAAGUCUCCGCUUGGUGUGGUCUGCGUUUGCACAGAUACUUCCGAGAAGGCAGCAGUUGAGACGCAGCUCGCAAGACAGAUUGACACGCUAGGAUGGAUAGCUGAAAUUGUUACUCAGCCCUGCGGUCCUCGAAAACUUGCUCGAACCCUCUUAUCGUGUCAAAGUCGCGCUUCACAGCUCAGUACCGAGCGAGCCAUUAGCCGUUCGAUGAGCUCCUCCGUCGUACAGCCAGAGUUUCAGUCUCUCGCCCCAGAGCGAAACCUGCCCCGCCGAAGUAACAGCGACAGACCUCCCGAGUCGUCAUCCACGAAGCAAGAUGAUGAUUCUGUCGGAUUUCCCUCGCCACCCCCACCAAGGCCUUUCCCCUCGACCAUCACUCCUUUAAGUCCCAGCCAUAGUGAAAAUGGCGAGUACUUCAAUCCACGCGUUCUUCUGGUAGACGACAACGCUAUCAACCUCAAACUCCUGGUUGUGUUCGCUAAGCGACAGAAUCUGCGCUAUGUUGAAGCUACCAAUGGUCUUGAAGCUCUUGAGACAUUCAAAUCCGAAUCUAGGUCUACGGGUUCACCAAGUAGACCCUUUGAAUUUGUGCUCAUGGACCUGAGCAUGCCGGUCAUGGAUGGUCUGACGAGUACGAGGCAAAUUCGUCAAUAUGAGGCAAAGAUGGGACUACCCAAGAGCCAUAUUGUAGCACUUACAGGAUUAGCGAGUGCACAGGAUCAGAUGGAUGCUCAAGAGGCAGGUGUAGAUAUGUAUCUUGUUAAACCAGUCAAGUUUGCAGAUAUCAAGAGGAUCUUUGGAGGGAAAUGA